CUAGUGCUUUGGUGCAUGCACUCUAUUUGUCUUGGCUUUUAUUUAAUUCCUACUAUAGAGGGCCAGAAUGAUGUGUUCUCUGCUAUAUAUACUCAUUUCCCUCAAGCUCCAAAAAUCAUUGUAUAUGAUCUUGCUUGUCAAUCCACACCUUACUACCUUGUGCAAGAAGCAUGA